GUACAGGCCGGAGGUUACCACAGGACACUGCCGAAACACAACACAAGAACCAUCAACAAGAAGAGCCGCACCGCACCGCGCCGCGCCGACUUAGCUCACCAGGCUGCCCGCCAUUGCCCCGCCGGAUCGAGUAUCCCCAUUCGAUGCGUAGCGGCAGUUUUAAAGUGCUACGGCCCACAGCGCGCGGGGAUUUGCUGUCUUGGCCGCUGCGUGGACUCGUUGAACUGGAGCGAGACGAGCGGCGCAUGCCACCGACUGGAGUGGACCUCUUUACUUUGGAGCGGUCCGUGAGUCACUUUGAGCUCCCGCGGGCGGCCAUGGAUUGACGCACAAGCCGCUGGCUCGGCACAAUUUGAACCUGAAUGACAAGCAAGCGAGCGAUCCAAAUGAGAACAAUCGACGUAUGUGUUUUUCCUUCUCGUUCUUUUUUGAAUCGGAACCAGGUACUCUUAAAAAGUCAAUACAUACCACGUGUGUCGACCUUUUUAAUGUAACGCUAUCCCGGACACCGGUCGUGGUCCCCCCCCCCCUGCUUUUAUGGAUUAGAAUACCCACUAACACGUCCUUUAAUUUCCUGGCACUUGUAGAUCUGUGAAUUUUAAAAAAAGGAAACAAAAGGUGCCGUGAUAUUUUGGGGUUGAAAUGUCAUCUCACCCUGUCCCUUCCCCCUCUUUUUCGCCCAUCAGUCCCCGAUGAAGAUGUGAACUCUUGUCUCCUUCCCUCGCCUCUCUUUAAGCCCCCCCCGUACGUCCUCUUUCAUUUUGUUUUUCUGCUCCAAUAUAUUCACGGGGAUGUACGAAAGUGUGGAUGUUGUGGGUUUGAGCCCGAGCCCCCGCAGCCCCAGCAGCGGCUCUUUCUUGGGGAUGGACUACUACCACAGAGCACCGGGGUUCGAGCCUGAGAAAGGACUCCUAUCCGGCGUUGGAGGACUUCAGAGGCCGUUCGGAGCCUCCCUGGUGACCGGCAGACACUGGAGCGGAUCUUGCCACUCAAUAGAAACGGAAAGCACGAGUUCUGGAGAAGAUUUGCUGGUCACAAGCCCGCCAUCUCCACCACCUCCGCCGCGCAUCUACAAGCCGUGCUUUGUCUGCCAGGAUAAAUCUUCAGGAUACCACUAUGGAGUCAGCGCCUGCGAGGGCUGCAAGGGGUUCUUUCGAAGGAGCAUCCAGAAAAACAUGGCCUACACUUGUCACCGAGACAAAGUUUGCGUCAUAAACAAAGUUACGCGCAACCGGUGUCAGUCCUGCCGACUACAGAAAUGCCUCGAUGUUGGAAUGUCCAAGGAGUUGGUCCGAAAUGACCGCACGAAAAAGAAGAAGGAAGAGCGGAGGCUGGUGGAAGUUGAGGUCUACGUCUUGUCAGCAGAAACGGAGCAGAUGAUUGAAGGAGUUCGCCGUGCGCACCAAGACACUUUUCCCUCUCUUGGUCAGCUGGGAAAGUACACUACGAGUAACAGCGCUGACCAUCGUGUCCCUCUGGAUGUCAACCUUUGGGACAAGUUUAGUGAACUGUCCACCAAAUGUAUUAUAAAGACAGUGGAGUUUGCUAAGCAGCUUCCCGGCUUCACAACUUUAACUAUUGCUGAUCAGAUCACGCUUCUCAAAGCUGCCUGCCUUGACAUACUGAUUCUGAGGAUCUGCACACGCUACACCCCAGACCAGGAUACCAUGACCUUCUCAGAUGGCCUGACUCUCAACCGCACACAGAUGCACAACGCUGGCUUUGGGCCGCUCACAGACCUGGUGUUCUCCUUCGCCAAUCAGCUGCUUCCACUGGAAAUGGACGACGCCGAAACUGGACUCCUCAGUGCCAUCUGCCUGCUUUGUGGAGACCGUCAGGAUCUGGAGGAGUCAGACAAAGUGGACGUUCUUCAGGAGCCAAUGCUGGAAGCUCUGAAGCUUUAUGUCCGGAGGAGGAGGCCUGACAAGCCUUGUAUGUUCCCCAAGAUCCUGAUGAAAAUCACUGAUCUCAGAAGCAUCAGCGUGAAGGGAGCCGAACGAGUGAUCACACUGAAAAUGGAGAUCCCCGGCUCCAUGCCUCCACUCAUCCAGGAAAUGUUGGAGAACUCUGAGGGACUCGAGGGCCAAGGUGCCGGAAGAGGGAAAGGAAGAGACAAAGGAGGCGAGGAAGCAAAGCGCCAAAAUUCGACCGCUCCGUCCCCGAUGUCAAUUCCUUCUCCAGCCAACCCCCCCUCCACCUCCACCUCCUCCCCAUGAACUUUCACUCCUGAUUACCUCUACAUUGCACAGCACCACCUUUUGGCAGUAUGUGGCACUGCUAGAGCACCAGCCACGAGUGACAAGAGUGAUGUGGAUAAACUGUACAUUUCAUCAACGGAGUCUGAAUGCGUGAACUCCCAAAACUUCGGUGGUGACGCACAGCGACAAUUCAACUGAAUUAUCGGCCGCGGACGGGAUACGUGACACUUUUUUUUUGCCUGCCUAAAUUAUGCCGUUAGAACUACUGCAUUGUCACGUUGAUGGUUUGAUGCAUUUAAUGUAAAAUAUCAUUUCACUUUGAAGCAAAAUGGUUUUGUAAAGCUCGUCUGGAUUCAUUUUUGUUGUUUUGGACAUAAAGAGUAGCGCUAUUUAGCUGCACCUGUCUGAAACGUCAGUAAUAGGACAUUGGCGGAUACGAACAGAUUUGAUGAAGGAUUACGGGGUGAGUCUAUAUAUAGAUGAUCACCCUCUUAUGCAUUUUUCUCUCGUGAAAAGCCAUGCGUGUUAUGCAAAAUGGGUGUAUUUGUAUGUAAAAGAUGCUGUGACAGACUGACAAAACAUAUUUUCGUAAAUUUACUCGUGUACAUACAUUAUAUAUUUUAUCUCCCCAAAGCGGUUGACACUGUCAAGAGUUCUUCCUUCAUCUCCAUCAGUAUUUCACUCCCCCCCCCCCCCCCUCCAUCUCCUUCAACUCUUAACACACAUCAGGGAAAAGAAAAAAAAAUCAUGCGUGAAUCAAUUUUGCAGCCUCACUAAAACGAAUAUUGCAGCUGAAAGCAAAUAGAAGUCGGCUGUGAGAAAAGACCAUCUAGGGGUUGCGGCAAGUAUUUCAAAAUGGUCAACCUCUUAAGUGGGCACUUUAAUCGACUGUGAUAUCACGAGUGCAUGUCGAGCAUAUCUGAAUAUGUCUGUACUUGUACCACUCUGUAUCAGUUCACACUGCCACUGGCUCACUUCUUAUGCAUCGCUACUGCCGGGUACAAAUCUUUUUACAAUUCCUGUGUUUUCCUUAUUAAAGGGGACCUAUUAUUUGUGUUUACAGCUUGGGAUAGUAAUGCAUGAUUCACUUUUGGGAAAUGUCUUUUCUAAUCAUACUGGCUUUCCUCUCUUAUUAGCUUGUGUCUAUUUAAACCCCCUCCAGACAAGCGCCACCUCCCAAAAGUGCUCUCGCCUCUCUUGAUGGAAGUCUGCCAAGGGGCACAAUCGCUGUCUUAAUGGGCCAGCUCGCUCGGCUCAGAGUAAAUGACCAUAGAAAGAGUUGGAUGAUUAAAUUCACCUGACAUGAAAUUGGAAUUUCUUAAGAGCCCUGUGAUGUCUGGGGAUUUUACUUUGACCUCGCUUGCAGCUUAAUCAUAUUCAAUAUGGCCAUUCUACAGCCUAAGCAACAUAAUAGGUUCCCUUUAAUAUGUACUGUAGUUAAACUCAAAUGACCUGAGGAUAAACACAUGGAGUCAAUAAAAGACAAUGAUUUUCUCCUCAAA